AUGCAUUCUAUUUACCUGAUAUUCGUUAUUACCGUCGUCCUUAGCUCCUAUACAUUUGUUACAGGCAUUAACGCAAAAAUUGACUUGGACGAAGUAGUGGCAAACAGACCAGGCAAACCAUCAGCGAGAUUUUACAACCUGGCCGCAAACGCCGACGACUCGUACAACGGCAACGAUGAAGGCUUCCAACAGCAGAUAAGACACAUCAGAAACUGGCUGAAGUACGGAGGAUUGGGAAAGAAAGCGAGCACUGAGCCGCUGCUGAUGACCAGGUUUGCAGGCCUUGGCAAGAGAUCCACUUAUCACAGAGACGAAGAUAUAUUUGAAUAUUGA